AUGCAUUUACAUUGCAAAAUUAAUAAAAUACAAGUCGAUAAUCAAAUGAAAGAAUGUGCUUUUCCAGUUGUUCUUACCGCCGUUGGAACUCGGAAAACUAUUGUUAAUAUUGUUGUAAAGCCUUUCUUAGAACUGAGUAUUGUGAAACGAUUAAUACCACAUUCGUCUCUUCAGCAAUAUAAAUAUUUUAAGUUGCUUAUUCAAGAAUUUCAUAUCAAGUUGGAUAUAUCAUUCAUCAACGCAAUUGUGGCAAUGUUGGAAACUAGUUCCACAUCUGAAGAGGAAGCGGCUACACUUUUUGCUCAGGAUUUAAAAUUAGCAGAUAAUGAAUUAUGGCAAUUAUUUGAGUCGGGUUCACAGAAGGAAUCAAAAAAUUUUUAUGACCUUCUACAUUUUUCUCCACUGAAAAUACAUUUAAGCUUUUCUAUGACGGCCAUGGAUUCCACUCCUACAAUAAUAGCAGUUCUUUUACAAGGAAUCGGGGUCACUUUAACAGAGAUGCAUGACGUCGUAUUGAGGCUUGGUUUCUUUGAAAGAACCUAUUGUAUGCUCUCGAAUAGCCAGUUGAUCCAUCAAGCAGUUUCUCACUACACCAGCCAAGCGGUUAAGCAAGCUUAUGUUCUGAUGUUGGGUCUGGAUGUCCUAGGAAAUCCAUUUGGUUUGGUCGUCGGAUAUACCAAAGGAUUUGGUGAUUUAUUUUAUGAACCUUUACGGGGUGCUAUACAAGGUCCAAACGAGUUUGCAGAAGGUCUAUAUAUUGGUAUGAGAAGUUUAUUUGGUCACACAAUUGGUGGUACAGCUGGCGCAGUAUCUAAAAUUACAGGAGCAAUGGGGAAAGGCAUUGCUGCAAUGACUUUUGAUAAAGAAUAUCAACAUCGAAGAAGAAAAAUGAUGAGUAAACCACCCGUAAAUUUGUCGCAAAAUCUUAUUAGAUGCAGUAAAGGAUUAGUUAUGGUACAAAAAAUAAUAACACUUAAAGGAUUCGUCAAAGGCGUCGGCAAAGGCGCGAUUGGGCUGGUGGCAAGACCUACAACAGGAAUCAUUGAUUUUGCAGCUGAUACAUUCGGAGCCGUUAAAAGGGCAACUGAUUUGGAAAAUGAAAGCAGCAGGCGCCGUCUGCCAAGAUUUUUGCAUCCAGAUGGGUUGCUGAGACCUUAUUCGACUUUAAGCGCCGAAGGUUCAAGACUUUUGUCAGAAGUCGAAGAAGGUCGAUAUGCUAAAGAACUUUAUGAAGGUCACAUUUGGUUAAUUAAAGGCAAACAGACCCUUAUGUUGACAGAUGAAAGAAUUUUGAUACUUGAGAAGGGUGAAGUUUUUGGAACCUGGAAGACUACGUGGAGUGAAUUGUGGACAGAUAUACAUGCGAUUGACCAAAUCGGAGAUUAUACUAUAAGAAUAAAUGGCGUACAAUUCAAAGAACUUUAUUUGCCUACAAAUUUAAUAGAACAAUUUUUUAUGCAAAUGGAUAAACUACGUAGAGAAGCCAAAUGCACUGAAGCGCUAUAA